UAUAUAUAGAAUCAUAUAAUUUUUGCGAUCUAACGGAAUUAAACGAUUUAAAAAAAAAAAAUUUUUAUUAAAAGAUUUUCUAUUUCGUUUCGACGAUUCCACGUGUCGCGUGUGUUGGUUUUAACAAAGAAAGAAUUAUUCUUUAAAUGAAAAGUGUAGUAAAAUUAAUAUUAAUAUGAAAACUUCAACAAACAAUAGUUUUCGAUAAUGAAUGUUUUAUCUGACGGACGUGAAAAGUGUGAGAACAAAUUGCGGCCUCACAAUUUUAUCUUCUAUCGAGUUAGACAAAAGAUUUCUUAAAGUUAUUCAAAAAGAAAUAAUGACAGAGACAAAGGAAGAGGGUGAAGUAACCGAUCUGACCGAGGCGAUCCUAAGAGGGAUACAACUGUAUUAUACUCCGAUAUUAGUAUAUUUGGGUUCUCUUGGAAACUGUCUAUCUGUAUGUGUAUUCUUCGGUACAAAGUUACGACGAUCCUCAUCAAGUAUAUAUUUAGGAGCAUUGGCUAUAAGCGACACUGGAUUUUUAAUAUCAGUUUUUGUGGUAUGGUUGAAUAUGGUGAAUAUUGGUAUUUUUAACGAGCAAGGAUUCUGUCAAUUCUUCAUCUACCUAACAACACUUUGUAGUUUUUUGAGUGUUUGGUUUGUGGUAGCCUUCACCGUCGAAAGAUUCGUCGCUGUUCAAUAUCCUUUUCAUCGUCAAUCCAUGUGUACAGUGGCUAGAGCAAAAACCGUAGUUAUCGGAUUGACAGUUCUCGGUAUUAUGACGUGUAGUCCAACUUUAUGGUUUUCGAGUCCUCGUUUAAAAAUAUCAAAUACAAAAAAUGUGACGGAAUGUCUUGUCGCUGAGGGUUGGGAGUCCUCGGCGACUAUUUUCAAUUCGAUCGAUGCGAUAUUAACUUUCGUUGUACCUUUUACCGUAAUCGUCGUAUUGAAUAUACUCAUCGCACGUGCUAUCUAUAGACUCGCCAAAGUAAGGAGAAUACUGACCACCGAAUCAAGGGCUUCGCAGGAUCAAAUGUCCUGUUCUCAAAGUCCUCGAAAUACCUUCGCUCAAAGUAAAAUCACUAAAAUGCUUCUCAUCGUAUCCACAGUUUUUCUCUGUCUCAAUCUGCCGGCCUACGCUAUCAGAGUACAUGCCUUUCUAUACGCGGACAACAAUCCACCGCGAUCGAUAGAGUUGGCGCAACAGGUGUGCAAUUUGUUUUUCAACACCAAUUUUGGAAUAAAUUUCAUUCUUUAUUGUACCACCGGACAAAAUUUUCGCAAUGCAAUGAUUCGUAUGUUUUUACGGCGUUCCCACGGAAGAAAUGACGCUGCCGGACGCAUAUCAAAUCAUGGGAAUAUUGUUUCAGAAUUAGCUCGCAAUAAUACUUUAACGAGCCGUCAAAAAGCACCUAUAUUUACUAAAUCGUGGCAAAACAAUCACGAAUUGCAAAUAUUUUCUAAAGAAUUUAAAGAAGACAUGGAAAAGGAUAAGGAGUGAAAAAUAUAAUUAAGAAAAGAAAGAAGAAAAAUGUACGUACCAGUUUCGGGUUCUGUGGCUGGCAAUGGUCCCACGUUUCCAAAGAAUCUUUGAUCUAAUAGCUGAAGGAGUUGAAGAGCCUCGUCGUGAACCGGUGCACGAGGACAACCAGUAUUCAUUAAAGUUACGUUAAUGAUACUUGUAUAAUGAUCACAAGGAUAUUCCCUAUUAACACACGAUACGAUCUGCUUAAGCCUAUGCUUUCACAUAAUUUAUAACAGGGACUUCUAUCCUAAUAUAAUUACUAUUUAAACUUAUUUAUCGUUUGAAAAGUCUUCUAUACAUUUCUUGCAAAAGUAAUGAUUAAUAAAUAUUAUUCUAUUUAUAAAAUAUAUGUAUAUAUUGUAUUAUAUACUCAACUUUUUAGUAAUUAUAUAAAAAUCUAUAUUUCAUGAA